UACUCUCUGUAACCAAACACUCCCCACAAUCUCCAUGCCCAUUUCAAACAAAAAAACCCAAUUCCCCCCAAACCCUAACUCUAAAUUUGAAAUUCUUAGCUUUAAUCGUCCCCACACAAGGUCCACACCACCGCCGCCAUCGCCCACGACCUCAGUUUCCGCCUUGCCCACAGCCUCCGCUAAGCAGCCCCAUCCUCUGCCGCCAACCAGGAAAAGUGGUACGCGAUGAGGAGGGGCCAGCUGAAGUCGAGCCAGUGGGAAGAGGUGGCAAUGACCAUGGCAGUUAAGUGCGGCUACAAGUACGGCGAGCCGUCAAAAUUCGCCACGCAGUGCCGCCACAGGAUGGAGAAGCUCUGGUAGCGUCACCACGCCGCGAAGAAGCACCUCGGCCAGAGAACCAAGUCCGAAGUCCGACGGCGGCAGCAGAGUUAAAGAGAGGGUGAGAGGCGGUGGAGAAGUAGAGGAUCAGCACGAUCCUGCAGUCACAGCAGAAGAUUGUUGACUCCAUUGCGAUGGAGAAGUAGAGUCCGACGGCGGCAGCCUCCGCUAAGUACCAUUUUUGUCACAAAAAAUCGAAACGAAAAAAUCGAUUAACGACGAUCGCUUUUUUACCUAAAACUAUUGGCAUCUCCGUCGUGUUCUGAUUUUCCUCCGAAUCGGAGAAGAAAGGCAACCAAAUUCCCGUUGUACGUCGUCGUGUUCUAAGCGUCGAAAUCUUGGUCCUCCGAAUUCGUGGUUUUCUGAUUCUUCUCGGCGCUCCUCAAGCGUACGGCAGCCUGAGCACGCGGCACUCUCGAUUGAUUCCAUGGUCUGAUCUUCCGCGAAUCGCAAUCCGAAGGUGGCGAUGGCGUCGGCGCAGAGCCAAUCAGCGAAUUUGGAUCUCUUCGAUGCGUAUUUCCGACGUGCCGAUUUGGACCGCGAUGGCCAGAUUAGUGGCAAUGAAGCCGUUGCUUUCUUCCAGGGCUCCGGUCUCCCCAAACAGGUCCUUGCGCAGACAUGGGCACAUGCAGACCAGAGGCAGACUGGUUUCCUUGGUCGGGCAGAUUUUAUACUACAGUUAGUGAGGCCAAUCAGCAGACACCCAGAGUACCAGAAUUGGAGAAACGUCAUGUAAAUCAACCGAGUACAGAGGAGGUUAACUCACUGAACUCAAGUUCAAACAAGCAACCGAAGCUGAUAAAAAGGUACUAGAACUCUAAUGUUUCCCCAAUUUUUUCAUCUUCAACAGCAGAGUUAUGUGUGCAUGUUACUUCCUGAUAAGUUUCAAAUCAUAACAAAUAUGCCAAAGACUUGGAGAAAGAAAUUUUGGAUGCUAGAGAGAAUUGAAUAUUUCCGGGUUAAAUGCAGUUCAGCCAUCGAACUUGUAAUGUAUCGUUUGUAUUUCAUUUCCUUGUGUAUGCAUCUCACUUUUUCUUCAUUCUUUUUUUUUUCUUUAGCUUGUAGCGUGACGUAUAAUUUUUCUCCUUAAUUUUGGAAUGUUCCUAGUCCUAGUGAAGCGAAGACCCCUAUAGUUUUAUCAUUGUUA